AGCGGGGUGGUGGUUUGUCUGUUUGUAACACGGGGAAAAGUGCCCAGUGAACUGCAUGUGAACCAAUGUGAACUGCAUUUAGUGUGUGUGUGUAUGUGUGUAGUAAACGCGUGUGUGGCUGGUGCUGGCGGGCGUGCAGCGUGCUGGGUUCAGAGGGCAGGCGGCGGCGGGCCCUGCAGAGCCUCGGUGCCCCGCCGCCCAUGUGCUAUGUUUAGUGCAGGCGGCGGCGGGUGGCAGUGUGGCGGCGGGGCGUGCGAGGGAUGGACCGGGUGGCCGCGCAGCUCCCGCCCCGCCGCUGUUUGUCUGUCUGUCCGCCAUGAACGGCCGCGACCCCUUCUUCCCGGGGCUGCCGGGCCCGUGGUCUGGCUACACACCCGGCACACACUCCGUAUACUCCUCGCCCCCAAGGUUCCCCUACAACGUGACGGGCGGCCGGAGUCACCAGGGCUACGUGCCGGGGGGCGUGGUGCACGGGCCCUCGCCCUACCUGGGGCACGCCACGACCCCCUCCUCCCCCUACUAUGGCCGCGGCGGUGCGGAUUACUACGCGGGGGAGAGGCGCGCCGCCGCCGUGUCUCCCUCGGCGAGGCGGCGCCUCCGCGCCCUGGAGGACGAUGAGGAGGCCGCCGACCCUGUGGUGUUCAACGCGGGCGUCACCUUCAGGCUGGGCCGCGAGUCCCACGUGCACCGCCACGUGGAGGUGCAGCCCGCCCACGCCACCCCCGAGGCGCCCUCCGCCGCCCUCACGCGUCAGAUCGACAAAUUCCUGCGGAAGAGUGACCACGCGCUGGACCGCUACAAGGGCGUGCUGGAGUCCCGCUCCUCCAGCAUGCUGGCCGGGCACCGCGGCAGGUCCGCCACGCCCGGCCUCGGUGUGGACUCCCCCGACGUGAGUCUGUCCAUGCGCGCCCAGCGCUCCGCCUCCGCCGCCUCCAUCGCCGUCAAGGCCGAUAAGCACUUCGAGGCCCUGGGCUCCGUGGGGCGGCGCAGCGCGGCGCCCAUCGCCGAGCACGAGGAGGACGACGACUUUGACUCCUCCAGCAGCGACUCCUUCGACGACCUCUCGGAGGACACCUCAGCUGACCUCAGCAAGGAGGUGGAUGGCCGGGCAGGAGGCACCACCAAGGGGACAAGAGGCACCACCGGCAAGACCCCAGCGCGGCGCCUCUCCUCGAAGUCCAGUCUGGAUGACCUGAGCUCCGACAGUGACGACGAAUACUUCGAUGUUGUGCCCUUGCCGGGUCUGCGGCCCCCGCCACUCGCCCCCUCCCUCCCGUCCCCACAGCAGAGGCGGCUCUCUCCCCCCCGCAAUCCCCCCGCCCACAGCAGGAGUCUCCCCGCCGUGAACAAGGGGCCUCCGAAGAAAGCCAUGGGGAAUGUCGUGGCCCCCGCCGAGGCACCUACUCCCCAGGGGGCAGAGAAGCCACCCGGGGCGCCCACACAGGGCGGGGACACAUCUCCCGCAGCACCCCAGCAAGCCUCAGCACCCCCUACCCUGAAGACCGCUGCCCCGACCCCGCCCCCGGCAACCACUCCACCAGCAGCCACAGCACUGAAGGCCCCGAACAGACCCGCGCCGCAGCCCCCCGCCGGCCAGACCUUGGGGCGCGGCGGGGACGUGCCAGGCAAGGGAGACACGCUCAAGAAGUACCCGGCACCGAGGCCACCCAAGGACGCCAAGGAGGCUAAGGAUUCUAAGGACAGCAAGGACACUAAGGAGCCCAUUAAGGAUGGCGGCGAGGCGGGCGGCAAGCAGGAAAACAGGGACAACAAGCAAGGCAAGCAGAAAGACGAGCAGGCGCGGCAGGAGGACAAACAUAACAGGACAGACAGGCCUGAGGGCAACAAGGGCGGCAAGCAGCGCUGUGACACACCUGAGAAAUCAACACAAAAUAAAGCGAAUUCCUCUGAGGCGCCGCCAAGACCCGAGACCGCCGCCACGCCUGUCACCAGCGGCGUCACCGGCGGCGGCGGCGAUGGCACCGACGCGGAGAAGCCCCCCAGCGCUACCCCGAAGCCUCGCCGCGCCCCGUCCUUCAAGAAGUACCCAGCGCCGCAGCCCCCAGCCUCAGGAAGACCCAGGUCCGACGGUGUGACUCUGGACGCCGCGCGGGGAGACAUCGCGGCGGCCUCAUCUGGCAGCGUCCCAAGCCUGCUCAUGGGGCUGCCCGGGGGGGAGAGGAAGGCGUCUGAUGCGCAGACCACUCACUUGGGCGGGAAGGCGGAGGCGGAGAAGACAGGCGGGGCCAAGCAGCCGCCGCAGAGUCCAACAGCAGGCAGCCCCAGUCCCGCCUCCGCCAGCAGGAAGAUGCGCGGCGGCAGCCCUGUCCCUGAGAAGGUGCUGAGCGUCGGCAAGAAGGCUCCUGCGGCCCCAGUGCUGACGGGGAAGCUGGAGAUCGCCACGAGUGACGGCGCGGCCACGGUGAAGCAGGACUCGGCCGUGGGGGACAAGGUGAGCAUCAAGGUCGCGGCCAGGAAGGACAGCAAAGGCGGCGGAGACAACGCUGCGCUUGGGAGCAAAGCGACAAACGGGGACGCUAAAGACGACUCCAAAGGGCGAAGCAAUGAACCCAAAGUGGAGAGCAAACCCGCUGGAGACAACGUGACGCCGACGAUCGAAACAACGAAAGGGGAGAGCAAAGACGACUCCAAAGUGGGAACCAAAGAAGUCAAAGUGGAAAGCGCAGAAAAGCCCAAAGAAGCGGCACCGGUGGAGGAUAAGAACAUACCCAACGGCGUCCUGACCCACAGCCCGUCCCCGGAGAAGACCUCAGACAAGAAGACCAAAGAGACGAGUAAAACCAAGCCGUCCAAACCCACCGAGGCAGCGACCCCGGACAACCCCCAGACGGACGAGACCUCAAAGACAAAGGCAAAAGGCAAGGUCUCCAAAACUGCCAAGAAUGAAAACGAACCUCCAGACAAAAAGGUCAACGAGAACCCCCUGGCCAAUGGGACGCACGAGGCCGGGGAGGACAAAGCCGCUGCCGACGAGAACUCGAAGUACAAGAAUAUGAACGGAGCCCACAACGAGAACGACCCGCCCAGCACCCGCGGCGACACACGCAGCAGAAGCAGCUCAAUAGCCAGCGACGCGGCCUCCCCGGACGUGUCUCAGAAGUCCUCCGGGUCGAAACGCAGCAAAGGCGGAAAACUGGCUGGUAUAAUGAACAAAUUCGAAGUGGAGGAUUCAUCAAAGAGCGACGAGAAAGUAAAACCGAAGGCGAAAGUCGGCAAGAUAUCGGGCUUAGCGAGUGUGUUCGAGGGUGGCAAGGAGCCGCCCUUGCCGAAGCAGGAAGUGGGGCCCAAGCCUAUGAACAUCGCCGGCAUCAGCACGUCGAAGUUUGGAGGCGUCGCUAGGUUCAAGAAGCCCGUGGAGCCGAAGAAGAAGGACGAGGACAAACCAUCGAGCUCGGAGAAGGACAAGAGCAGCAAGGAGUCGGCGGCCAAGAAACAAGAGGAAGUCAACGGCGUCGCGGAAGCUACAGACAACGAACAAGAAGCCAAGAAAUCGUCGAGCUCUGAGAAGGAGAAGAGUGACAAGGAGUCGUCUGGGAAAAAGAAAGAUAAAGUCAACGGCGUCUCAGACACUAAUGACAGCGACCAGAAAGCCAAGAAACCGUCCAGCUCUGAGAAGACGGGGAAGAGUGACAAGGAGUCGUCCGGGAAAAAGAAAGAAGUCAACGGGGUCUCUGAAACCGCUGACAUCGACCAGAAAACCAAGAAACCUGAAAAGUCGAACAAGAGUGGCAAAGAGACGCUCGUGAAGAAGGAAGACCAGGUCAACGGCGUGUGUGAGAAAACAGAAAUCAACGGAGAAAUAAAAGAACGGUCGGAAUCUGAGAAGCAGAAGAGCAACAAACUCGGCUCCCCGAAGAAGAAGCAUAGGGUCAACGGAGUCAGUGAGGGCACUAUAAACGACCAGGAGGCCAAAGAACCAACAACUCCCAAAACCACCGAAGAGGGCCGCGGAACACCGUCCACGAAGAAGAAAAAUCUUGCCAAUGGUGUUCCUGUGAGCAAUGACAGCGAGCAAGGACCGAAGAAACCGAUCAAGUCUGAAAAAGAAGCUGAUACAAAGGUGAAAGACAAGACAGAAACGGAGACGCAGAUCAAAGCAAAGGAAGACGUAGGAACAGACAAGAAAAGCGCCGCCAGCGAGGGCCCAGAAGCCCUAACCAACGGGUACUUGUUGUCGGAGGAGAGCAGCUUAUCGUCCCUCUGUGAUAUCGAGAAGGACGCCGCCGCAGCAGCAUCCGACACCCAGGCGGCGGCAGGGCGUGGCGGCGUGACUCAGAAAGCCACGCUCGAGGACCCUGCCAAGCCUGUCAAAGAGGGAGAUAUCAGGGCUAAAAUUACCGGGGACGUGUCGAGUUCCGCCAAGGGCACCAAGGGCUCGGGCGAGAAGGAAACUGUAUCCAAGGGCGCCAUGGGCAAGGUGGAGGGCAGUGCAGCGCCCACAGUCAAGGGCGGGGAGGUCCAGGCCAGUGCUGCCGAGGCUGCCAAGAGUCCGGCUGCCAAAACUGAUACAUCGCGUGCCGAGUCCACCCAAGCCGCGGCGGCCGAGCAGGAAGUGCCGCCAGUGACAGACGCCGCUCGCUUCCCUCCCGCCACCACCGUCACCACAGCAGAGGGAAGCCGCGCCGCUGGGAAGAAUGAGUCCGUCGAGGCGGCCGCCCAGGAGACCGAAGCGGCGCCGUCUGCAGAUACUGACCUUUCCAAGGAUGACAUGGAAGUCUUCGUCGACGCUGCUGCAGAGCCACCUUUGUCGGCGUCGCCAGGAGUACAAAGCAGCACCGCCGGGGACGUGACCCAGGCCGGCGCGAAGGUGGAGGACGCGAAGACCUCCGCCACAGGGGAGGCGGUGUCCAGCCAUGCCUCGAGUGUGACACUGAAGGAAACUCUGGCAGGGCCACCCGAGAUCAAGACACCGCCUGGCGCCUCCGUGCGGCCAAAGGACAACAGUGCCGCGAACAAAGAGUUCAGGUUCGACAGCGACGAGAUGAGCAUCAAAGUCACCGUCGAGACCAGCGCCCUCCAGCAGCAGCCCGGCCCCACCAUCAGCAUAGCCGGGACCACGCACGCUUUCUCCGCGGAGUCGCUUCUCCUCGUCACAGGCACUACCGAGGCCAUGUCUGCUGCCAUUGGGGGAGCAACACACAGUAGCACCCCCGGCCAGCUGACCCUCGCCACGAGCACUAUCGGGGCCACACCAACACCCAGCGGGGGAGCCGCCCACGCACCCAUUGCGGGAGCCACCCGCGCCAGUACCUCCGAGCUGCUGGCCCUCGCCACAAGCACUGCCAGGGCCACACUCGAUGCUGUCGGAAGAGAAUCGCGUUUCAGCACCCCGGAGCCCCUGGGCCUCACUGCAUGCACCGCAGGAGCCACGCGCCUCAGCACCCCUGACCUGCUGGCGCCCUCGACGCUGGGCGUGGCCAACAGUAGCUCUGCCCCGCAGCUGUCCACGCUGGGCGCCGCGUCGGGUUUCUCCUGGAAGACAAACAGAAUACGAAGGAAGCUGGACGACGCCAUCGAGCACACGACGACAUUCAUGCUGCCGCGGAUGGAGUCCGAGGUGGAGGCGCUGAUCCGCGAGGCGUCUGACUACCUGGGGCCGGAGCGGCGGGCGCGGCGCUCCUGGACGCCCAGCAUCCCGGGCUACGCGGGCUCGUGCCCCCACCUGGCGGCGAGCAGCGGAAGGAAGAGUCAGGGCGACGACGAGGAGGAGGUGUUCGAGGACGCCGUGGACCCGUCCCAGCUGGACACACUCAUGCCGCUUCCGGACGUGCAGGCCGAGCGGGAGUGGCGGUCACGCUCCCGCACGCCGAUGGAGGGCCCCGAGAGGUCGCCGUCAGGCAACUCGCUGGUGGCGCACGCCGAGGCGCUGCUCUCGGAGACCGACAGGCUGCUGAAACGCUCCCGCUCGGACAAGUCACUGAGGAGGUCGUACAGCCGAUCCCUGUCCAACGCGGCGCUCAACAAAUCAGCGCAGGAGGUCCUUGACGCUAAGUGUGAGCUGCUGGCGCGGGAGAUGCUGGCCGAGGUGACCGCUGACCUGUCUGAGGAGCACAGCACCGCGCACCUGGCCGGGGAGAGGCUGGAGGCGGAGCAGGCGGAGAGGAUGAAGCUGGAGAAGGAGGUGGAGAAGCUACAGACCAACAUGAGGAUGAUGACCACGGCGAACGGGAAGCUGGAGAUGGAGAAACAGGCCCUGCAGAGCGAGGUCCUGAACGGGGAGGCGGAUCACGACCUGGACGAGGCUGCCGACGCAUCCCUGUACAAGCGGAAGUACGAGUGGUGCCUGCGGGAGAUGGAACUGCUGAAGAAACAACUUAAGCAGCAGCAGGAGGACGACCUCGACCACCUCCUGCUCCUGAAGAAACAGCUGGAGAAGAAGGUGGCAGACGCAUACGAGGAGACGGAGGAGCAGCGUCAGGUGGUGGCCCAAGUGAAGAGGAAGUCCCAGAGGCUUCAGGCAGAGAUGAACGACCUCAAGAUCCUCCUCGAAGAACAGACCUCGAGGAACAACCUGCUGGAGAAGAAACAGAGAAAGUUCGACCAGGACAUGAUGGCGGCGCAGGAGGAGCUGAGACACGAGCGCGCCAACAAGGACAAGAUUCAGCGCGAGAAGGACCAGACGCUCGCCGAGAAGUAUUCCUACGAGCAGGAGGUGGCGACUCUGAAGCUGGAGCUGGAGCUGAAGGAGGAGAAGGUGACGUCACUCAACAGGGAGCUGGAGGACCUCAACUUCACGGGGAAGGCCGAGGAGGAGGUGGCUGUGCUGAAGAAGGCGAAACAUGACCUUGAGCUGCGUGUUAAAGACCAGGAGGAGGAGCUGGACGACCUGGCCGGGCAGGUACAGAUGCUGGAGGGGGCCAAGGUGAGGCUGGAGAUGAGCAUUGAGCAGAUGAGGAAGGAGAACAGGCGGGAGGUGAGCCAGCGGGAGGAGGAGCUCGAGGAAGUGAGGAACUCCGCCCAAAAGAAAGUCAAAGCCCUGGAGACACAACUGGAGAAUGAGCACGAGGAGAGGACGCUGCUGGUGCGGGAGAAACACGAGCUGGAGCGCCGCGUGUCCGACCUGCAGGACCGAACGGCGGCCCACGUGGACGAGGAGUACGUGCACAAGCUGAAGAAGGAGCUGAAGAAGACCAAGGCACUGCUACGGGACACCCAGACCAUGCUAGAGAAGAGCCAGCAGGAGGGAGGCCACAAGCUGCUCGUCAGGCAACUCAAGACGCAGCUUGAAGAUGCAGAGUUUGCCAAGACCGCUGCCAUCAAGGCCCGGCAGUGUGCUGAGGCUGACCUGUCUGAUAUGACCAGCCAGUUGGAGGAGGCGCAGCGUUCCAGGAAGGAGGCCGAGGACAGGUGUGCCCGGGUCAGCAAGGACAGGGCUGAAAUACAAACACAGCUGGAGGAGAGUGAGGAGGAGGUCGCUGAGGUCAUGAAGAAGUACAAGUCAGUGGUGUCUCAGUUGUCAGUGGACCAGAUCACCCUCUCGGAGCAGAACCAGCAGAUUGCCGAGCUGGAGCAUGAAAAACAGGUGCUCCACGAGCGCCUCCUGGAGCUGUCAAGCAAGGUGGAGGUGCUGGAGGGCGAGACAGCCAACAUCCACACUCAGCGGCGCCUUGAGAUGAAGAUCAAGGAGGUGGAGUCAAAACUGGAGCUGGAACAGACCACCAGACAAAGACUAGAGAGUCAGAUCAGUAGACUAAAGGACCAGCUGGAGCGAGUGACUGGCGACUGUGACUCAGCACGCCUCAAGGAGUCUCAGGCGGUGGAGCAGAACAAGCGCGUCGCCCGGCAGCUGCGUGAGGCGCGGGAAGACCUGUCGGCCCUGCAGCAGCGGCACACCGAUGCUGUCAACAAGAAGAGUGAGGUGGAGAAGCAGCUGGAGUUGGCAGAUUCCGAGGUGGUGACCCUGAAAAGCGACCUCAAGUUGGCGUUCAAGAGAAUCGAGGACCUGCAGCAGGCCAUCCAGGGUGACCUCAAUGAUUCAGACUCGGACCUCUCAGACAGCGACAGCGACAGCGACGGCAGCUUGAGCUCUUAUCUGACAGCAUCUCUGAAACAGCAGAUGUCCUCCUCCAAUUCAACACUCCGCACUCCUCCCUCGGAAGUGCAUCAGUUAGAAAGGAUGGAGCAGCCCACUUCCCCCUGCAGCGAAGCCAUAAGUGAGGAUCUUGAGGAGGCAGUGGCGGCGGUGGGCAGGGAGUCUUUCGCGUGAUAGUUUGUACUUAGUUUAUACCUGAUAUCAUAAGUAUUACUGUACCAUUAAUAACAUUAUUACUAUUAUUAUUAUUUACAUGCUACAUAGAAUUUUAUAUGUGAGAAAGAUUUAGCGAGUAGGCGGAUUUUUUUUCUUCUGAAUUCUCGAGCUUUUCUGACAAGAUUGACGGAUGUUGAGUUUAUAUACCGGAGGAAGAAAGUUGUGUUCCAGUGGUGAUUUGCGGUUACUGGAGAAGUGAUUGAGCUUUAAAUAGGUUUUGUAUAUGUGUACAGAAAUAAAUAUUGAAAGCUGGGUGAGAGGAUGCUACUGAUACUGCUUCUUGAUCUCCUGCUCCUUGGUGCUCUCCUCCUCCAGAAAGGGUCUGUUCGUCCUUUUUUGUCUCACGUUUUGACAGUGACAUUCCUCUACGUGUUCUCAGCCAUGUGAUAGAUGGAUCAGCCACAGACCACAAGUUCCUACCACCACCACGAUUGCUUUCAUUGAGUUAACUUUUCACUUCUCUCGAUUGCUUUUAUUGUGCAACUUUUCAUUUCUCUCAAUAUUUAUGUUGGUAGCGUUUAGGUGUGGUUUAUCCAUCUACGGUAUUCCCUCACGAAGACUUAUGUUUACUGCAGUAGUACAGUUCUCUCGCUACACAAAUACAGACUAACGUAAUUUGAAUCACUUAAACGUCCAGGAAUACUUUGAUAAAUAAUUACUUGUAUCAAAAAGUACUUAUUCAGAUGUUAAAUUGUCACACAGAUUGAUGUUAUAGUUUUCCUAGGGCUCAGAAAUUCUUUACACACAUUACUUCUGAUCAAUAUGUAUUACCUAAGGCAGUAAACCAUCACCAGGAAGAGUUUUGAUUGUACAUUACUAUCAAAAUCUUUAUAUUCUGACAGCUGAUCAUUUUACCUGAUCAAAAUGUACGAACUCAACAGUAAACCAUCACCAGAAAUAGUUUACAGUUGCGCAUUACCAGCAUUGAUAUUUCCACAUUCUGACAGCUAAUCACUUAACCAAGGCAGAUUGAUGUGUCGCGUAUCUCUCAGUGUUCAGGAAUAAUUUACAGUUGCACUUGACGGUUACCAAAAUGUACGUAUUUAGUCAGGGUUCUACACCAUCCAUGACCUUAGUUUCUGUCCUGCCAGCUGCAGCUCAAAAAGUGUACCUUUAGUCAGCGCUCAGUUGACUAAUGGAGUUCACAAAGACUAACUGAACGUUUCUCAUUCCUGCUCACACGGCUACCUGCUCUGAGGCCUUACUGACCCCAUGACCCUGCUUGCACCCUAACGCACCCUCGUGGCAAGCUGUCCAGUAGGAUUGUUUGUAUAUAAGACUGUAAAAACAAAUGAUGAUGCAUAAUAAGGAUAUAUUCGCCAGCAUGUGGGCAGCAGUUCAAUUGGUAAUCAUCAGGAAAACAGCACUUAGGGAUAUUGAGUCGAGGUGUGGAAAUUGAACACACUGACACUGGUUUGUUUUUGUCCCUUAGCCGAGGGAUGGAAAUGAAACAUGGUAAAAGUCCUGUAAUUUGAACGCCUGUGACAACCCACAUCUUUUUGGAUUAAUGAAGAGAAGCUCAUCUUUAAACUUGUACAUGAGCAUCAAUUAUUUACGGAUGGCAAUUUCCAGCCUUCAAGAAAGAUUAUUGGAGGUUUCAGACCACUUAAAUUUAGACUAAUGGACUUUUACUAACUGUCAAAAUAAAUACCAAUAACCAUUCUAUAUUUUGACACUAGUUUAUCAAUUUUAAACCUUGGCUCAACAUUCCAGAAUUUAUAUUUUCUGAUGUGAAUAUCAAUGUGAAUGUUGCACACACACACUGGCGAGCACAUCCCACCCUGUACAUACCCCAAACACGCCCUCAUUGUGCAUUGGAUGACUCGGCAGCCACCACUUAGGGAUUUCCUGCUUGCUUCCCAUCUCUUCCCCGUCUGAAGAGUGGAGACAGCCUGGCGUUCUGGCACUUCCUCCUCCUCUUCCUCCUUUCCCUCCUCCUCUGCUCCCCUGCAACAGUGUACAGUGUCUCAGUUCCUCAGGAAAGUGUUGCUGCUACCAGAGGCUGCGCUGCCAGGCGGUGCAUUUGUACGUGUAGCUAAAAGAGCUCAGAGUUUACUGUAGGCAGAAGUUUGUCGUAAUGUUUUUAGAUUCAGGAAUGAUAGAUAAUACAUGAAAGAAAUUGUAAUGUGAUGCUAUCAGGAGCUUUAUGUAGGAAAAAAUUCUGAUUUUGUUUCAAAAUGCAAUGAUUGUGUGCUGUGAAAACUAAAGCAAAUCAAAAUAGCACCAAAUUAAUCAAAGAAAAAAAGCUUAAAGUCUGUUGUUUAAAUGUACGUCAGCUUCAUUUGUGCUGUGGAAAUAAUUGAAAGCAAGAUUCAAUGCAGAAUUUCCAUUAAACUAAAAAAAAAUGUAAUGUGAUGUUCACUAAACUUUCUAACAUGCUCCAAAAAUUUACUUGGAAGUAGAAACAGUUAGGAAAGUACGUCAGAGCUUUUGCAGAGAAGCCAAUAUCUUGUGCCAUUGUGUGGAGUCUGUUUGCCACCAGAUUCCUUACUUUCAGACUUCAUAUAGAUGGUCUGGUCUUACUGAAUGUUGAAGAAUACUACUGCAAGCAUGUUUUUAUAUAAAGUCUCUAGCAAGUGACUGUGGUACUUAAAACACUAGCCUUGUCUGCUUGGCCAAGGAAUGAGAGGAACACACAAGGUAAAUUUUGAUCAACAAGGCCUUAACUGGAACUGUAUUACUGUAUCAAAAGAUUAUCAUGUAGUCUCCCCAUAUUUAUUUACUUCCUUGUAAAUUAUUUAUCUUCCCCUCACCAAUAAAGCUCAUGUAAGAAAUCAUAUCACAGAAUCCUUAGUGUAAGACAAAGGUUUGUAAUGAUUUGUAUGGAAUUACUUUAUAGAUAUGUACAGUGGAAAAUACAACUAACAGACGACU